ACGGGAUCAAUGUACCGUAAUAGAGAGAGUGUAUUAUAUUCGAACGAGUGACGGUUAAUCAAUAUUGAUAUGCUUGCCAAAGCGGACCUCGAGCCGUAUAUGAGAUUGGUGUUUAAUAUAACCACUGCAUCAGAGUACAAAAGUAGCCUCUCUGUCAAAUAUUAGAUGUACUGUAGAUCCUAGAAAAAAACACUCAACGUCGACAUCUAGUCUGUCUAAGUUAUUCUUAUAGGUACCUUACAACAUUUCAACAUGUCCGACAGGGAAAACGACCUUGAUUAUGAUUUCGCAACCAAGACGUCAAUGCAUGGGGUGCAGCGCUUAACCGAAAAGAGGCACUGUAGUUACAAGGUAUUCUGGGUAAUAAUCAUAGCAGUAGCUGUGGUGUUUUGUGGGACUGCGGUUGUGGAAAGGAUUAUUGUUUACUUCCAAUUCAACGUCAAUACAGAAAUAAGAAUUGAAUAUCCUGACAACUUGACAUUCCCGGCUGUAACGAUAUGCAACUUUAACAGGUAUCGUUUGUCUAAGAUAUCAAAAACUGAAGCAGAAUAUUUUGGCUGUGUAAUUAUUCUUGGGAUAGAGGAUUAUUAUUAUUAUGAAGAAUACACUCAACGCAUAGAGGAGUGUGAAGCGUUGCUUAGCAAAACAUCCUUCAAUGUAUCAGAAUUUACGGAAAAAGCCGGAUUUGAUCUUGAUGCUAAAACGCUGUGGUCGUGUAAAUUCCGGGGUAAAACUUGUGAUGCAAAGAAUUUUACUAGUGUUAUUACCGACUAUGGUCGCUGUUGGACCUUCAAUGGAGCGAGCGGCAGCAGCUUGAAGCAAUUUCAACCAGGACCUAAUAAUGGACUCCAAUUGAUGAUAAAUGUGGCCCAGGAUGAAUAUACAGAGACCAUUGGACUUGGUGCUAACCUGGAAGCUGGAUUAAAGUUUCUAAUACACCCACAAGACACACCCCCUCUAGUUUCCACAAGAGGGUCUGCUAUUGGUACCGGUCAACAUGCCUUUGCUGAUGUAUAUUUAAAUGAGUAUGAUAACCUGGAAGAGCCUUGGGGUCAAUGUAAGAGAGGUCAGCAGUUAGAAUACUACAAAACAUACUCUUAUGAAAGCUGUGUAAUGGAAUGUCGAUUUGAACAUUUCGUUGAACGAUGUGGCUGUAAGCCUGAAAGGUAUGAAGGUCCAGCACGUAUUUGUGAACCAACGGAAACGUCUUGCAUUGCUAAAGAGUUGGAUGCAAUAAAUAACAAUAAGGUUCUGUGUGAAUGCUAUCUCGACUGCAAAGACAUUUCCUACGACACCAAGUUAUCAUACGCUAACAUCCCAAGUUACAGUAUUAGUAAUGAUACUCAAGAAGUCUACAACAAAUCAGCAGAGUUCGUAAAGGAUAAUAUUGUUAUGUUGGACGUGUAUUAUACUGAAAUAACGAAACAAGUUUUUAAACAAACAAAAGCUAUGACCUUCUCAGCCUUACUGAGUGACAUUGGUGGACAGUUGGGACUGUUUGUUGGGGUGAGUUUCAUUACAGUUGUUGAGAUAACCGAAUACCUGACCAUGAAAAUGCGGAGGUGCAUGGAUGGAAAAAGUGGACAGAGAAGGAAUAAGAAAAGUAACAACAGUGGUGUCUCCCCACAAAAUGAUGCACACGGUGUGGAAAUAAAGAAAAUUCAUAGUUAAUAAUAAACUUAAUAAAUAAAGUUUGGUGCAUUAAAGCUGCUGUAUUAAUGAAAAAUCGAUGCUGCAAUCCAACCGGGCUCUGUCCCACUUGACCUUAGUUGGUGAGCAUUUGCACUUCCCAACAUUUGCAGAGACAAUCAAAGAAAAAUACAUUUAUUGACCUGACCCCCACCCCCCCUUGGGCAAAAAAUAAAUAAAAGAUUCUAGACACAUGAGCUGAAUUUUUUGUUGUUACAAUGGGAAAAUUAGAAGUCUGGAUUCAUUGAAUUGUUUUCAAGAGAGGGAAAACCUGAAAAUCUGAAAAUCACCCGUUUUCUUGGGUUCAUCCAUCCAUGGAAAAAAAGAAUACGUAUGCAACUACUCAUUUUGUUUUUGUAUACACACAUAGGCAUAUUAAAUGUAGUAAAUAUGAGAAGUUUGCCUGACCAUUUUCAAGAGGCAAAACCUUGAAAUUUGAAGUACUAAAAGACACCUCAGAAGUCGGUAAAAGCUCAUUUACUAGCAUAUGGGAAUAAAAAUUUCUCCGACCUCAUUUCUUUAUGGGGUUCAACGAUUGAAAAAAGAUAUACAUAUGCAACUACUCAAUUAUUUUUCUUCUGUAUAUGUAUACCGGUACACAUAUUAGGCCUAUCUACUGUACUAAGAAUCAGAGAAACUUACCCGACCCUUUUCCAGUGGGGAGGGAAGACCCCGCCCCUCCUUUCUUUUCAAAGUUUUUUUAAAACAUUCUGACCCCUCCUAGAUAUGAACCCAGAUCUUCCCAUGUAUAUGUUAAUAUAUACAGAGCUGUUAAAUUUUCUGUUGAUUAAUUGUAAGUUCGAACUUUUUCAUAACUAUUUAUUUAUAGUAUAUAUUGUUAUUUGUUUGAAAAUAUAAUACUACAAUAAUAUAGUUCCGAAGAACUGAAAUGUUACAAAAGAAAAAUAUACAGUCAUAUCAUUUAUAAGUGAUUAUAUAAAAUACACUGUACGUUUAGUCCUAAAAUGAGGUAUGCAUGGUAUGAUCAGUACAGAAAGAUACUCAAAUAAAUCAUAUAUGCUAUAGUUCUAUACACAUCAGAGACUCAUUAAGUUUAUUGAAGGCAACGAAUUAAAAUAUAUGUGGCUAUUUUUUCA